AUGACUAAACGAACCCGUGAUGCUUUAUUGGAUGAGCCAUUGAUUGAGAAUGUGGAGGAAGGAACAUCAUUACGGCUUACCUCGGAAAAUCAUCAAAAUGCUUCUUCUUCAAGUGGUGUCGAUGAUAUCCAUCAUCAUGGAGACGGAGAGGAUCCGAAACGAACAAAACCAUCAAAAGGAAGUCUUAUUGAUGAAAGAAGUUAUCAUUGUCCCUAUCUCGACUCUAUCAAUCGGAAAGUUCUCGACUUUGAUUUUGAGAAGGAGUGCUGUGAGACACUAUCAAAUACCAAUGUAUAUUGUUGUUUAGUAGAUGGUAAAUUUUUCAAAGGAAAAGGAGAGACCACUCCUGCCUUCAUACAUGCUCUCAAUGAGGGGCAUCACAUAUUUAUGAGCUUGUCAAACGGAAAGAUUUAUUGUUUACCCGAUAAUUAUGAAGUCAUUGACCAUACUUUGGAUGAUAUUCGAUUCAAUCUUAAUCCAACCUAUUCCGAAAAGGAAGUACAAGAAAUUGACAAUCAACAGAAAGUGUGUGUGGCUUUGAGUAAUGGAGCAAAAUUUAUACCGGGAAUUGUUGGCCUCAACUCUAUCAAGCAAUCCACCGAUGGUAUCAACGUGGCCAUUCAGGCACUCUCACGUGUGAAAAGCGUUCGUGAUUUUUUCUUACUACAUCAAAUUAACUUGACCAAAGUCAAAUCUAGGGCAGUUUUAUUAUUGAGCGAACUAUUGAGGAAAAUGUGGAAUCCAAAAAGUUUUAAAAGCCAUGUCAACCCUCACGAAUUUGUACAGACCAUUCUUCAAAAUAAUAAGCAAUUUAAGCUUGGAGAAAGCAUAGAUCCCGUUCAAUUUUUCACAUGGCUGCUAAACUUUCUUCAUACAGAGCUCACUAACAAUCAACCCAAAAACGAAAGUAUAAUUUCUAAAACAUUUAGAGGAAAAAUUACUGUCACCUCAACACUAAUACGGAGAAAGAAAGCCGCUACAGAUUCUUCGUCUAGCACUCAGAACAAAGAGGACGAAAUUACUUCUCAAUCAAAAUCACCUUUCAUGUACCUGACUCUGGAUGUUCCAUCUACACCAUUAUUUAAAGAUGAAUAUGCACGAAAUAUCCUACCACAAGUCUCAUUGUUCAGUUUACUUUCUAAAUUUAAUGGAAUGAAAGAAACAGCCAUACCUCUCAAGAAUGGAGAUGUUGAAAUGAGAAGAUACAAGAUUGAGAAAUUACCGCCUUAUCUUGUGUUUCAUGUGAAGAGAUUUUCAAAAAACUAUUUCUUUGAAGAGAAAAACAAUACCAUUGUCAACUUUCCACUCAAAAAUCUAGACAUUAGUGAAAUCUAUCCCUCUAACACCAGUUCCACCUAUAACUUGGUUGCAAAUAUUUGUCACGAGGGUAAUUUAGGAGAGGGAGCAUCUUACAAGAUUCACAUACACCAUAUUGCAGAGGAUAAAUGGUACGAAAUACAAGAUUUGGAUGUCAAAGAAGUUUUGCCAGAAGAAGUUUCAAUUUCACAAAGUUUCCUCCUUAUUUAUGCCAAACAAUGA